AUGGACGGCACACAGAAUGGCAACGGAGCUAUGGGUGGGAAUCAGAGCAAGACGACGCGAUUAUACAACAAAAUAAAAGGCCUGUUCAAUCAGGACAUCUCUGAGGAGCUGCGUGCCAGUACCGACAUCGAAAUCCACAAGUGGAAUGGAAAAGACGACCCGGACAAUCCGUUCAACUGGAGCACAUCGUACAAAUGGGUGUUGACCGUCACUGUCUGCUUCAUUUCGAUCUUGACUGGUCUACCAGCAGGAACAUACGGCUCUGGCAAUGACUGGAUGGAAGACCAGUUCCAUGUCCAGAACAGUCCCUUCCCCAACCUCUACUGGGCGACGACCUCGUGGAACAUGGGCGCUGCCUUCUGGCCCCUCAUCUUCGUCCCUCUUACCGAGUCCUCCGGGCGCAUGCCGGGCUACUUUGUGGCAUAUAUCAUCUUGAUCGCGACACUCUUUGGCUCUGCCUUUGCGCAGAACUUUGCGACCAUUCUUAUAACCCGGUUCUUUGGAGGUGGUGCCUCGUCCGUCUCGAUCAAUAUCGUCGGAGGCAGCAUCAGCGAUGUGUGGUAUGGCGAGAAGGCUCGCAGUUUGCCCAUGUCACUGUUUGGUUUCACCAGUGUUGUAGGAAUUGCGCUUGGCCCUUUUAUCGGCUCAGCCAUUGUACAGAUUCCUAAGGUUGAUCCCUGGCGUUGGAUCUUUUAUAUCCAGAUCAUCUAUAACGCCGGUCUCGUACCCAUCUUCUGGCUAAUUCUCCGUGAAACCCGCGCGGAUGUGAUCCUACGAAACCGCGCUCGCAAGAUCCGCAAAGAAACAGGCCGCCAUGUCUACGCCCAAGCAGAGAUCAACUCCCCCAGCACUCUGCGACUGCUCCAGAUAUCAUUCAAGCGCCCGACGAAGAUGUUGCUGACGGAGCCUGUUGUGAUUUUCUUCACCCUGUGGAUCAGCUUCGCGUGGGGAAUCCUAUACCUAUUCUUCUCCAGCGUGGUGCAGACCUUUUCGGCCAACUAUAACUGGAGCAUUAUGGCUACUGGCCUCGUCCAACUGGCCAUUUCUGUUGGCGCCGUCAUUGGCACUGCAGUGAACCCCUUGCAAGAUUGGUUAUAUCUUCGCUCUUCACAGCGUAACAAGGAGAAGCCUGGGAAGCCAAUUCCCGAGGCGCGUCUCUAUACAUCGAUUCCCGGAAGUCUUCUCUUCGCCGCUGGUCUCUUUUGGUAUGGAUGGGCCAGUAUGCCCGAUGUCCACUGGAUCGUGCCUACGAUAGGUAUCACCGUGACAGGUCUCGGGAUUUACUCCAUUUACAUGGCUGUUAUCAACUACCUGACUGACGCCUAUGAGCGAUACGCCGCCUCCGCCUUGUCUGCCGCCUCUCUGGGGCGCAACUCCUUUGGCGCCUUUCUUCCUCUGGCGUCGCCGCAGCUGUUUAGCAACCUUGGAUAUGGAUGGGCCGGUACAUUACUCGGUUUCAUCGGUCUUGCCUUGUCGGCGGUGCCCGUAGUGCUGGUCCUCAAAGGACCUGACAUUCGCCGACGCAGCCCGUUCAUGCGAGAGGCGAUGUGGGAUUCGGACGAGCCAGAGGAGAAGCAGGAAGAGGUCGAGAAUGCCUAA